AUGGUUCCCCCCACGGCGCAAGCUGCGUCGCCCCCUGCAGUCCCCGCACUUCAGCAAAACAGUUUCCGCCACUCCCCGCCUCGGCGCGAGGGGGGAGAUUCCAUCUGCGCGCCCGUAAACCGUUGCGCGCCCAUCGACCGUAGCGCGUCCGUCGAUUGCUGUGCACCCAUCGACCGUCGCGCGUCCAUCGACCGUUGCGCGCCCGUCUCCCGUUGCGCGUCCGCCGACAAUUGCGCACCCAUUGACCGUUGGGCGCCCAUCGCGGCGAUCAAUUCAGGGAUGCUGCGCCCAUCGCACCCGGUGGAGGCGCAGCUGCGUCACGCGGGAUUCACGGCGGGAUUCGCGGAAACAGCGCGAGACGAGCCGGAGCCUCGAGUCGCUGUGAAAACUGUGCGCGGGGGGGGCACGGCGGUGGUGGUGCGGUUCGGGUCGGAGUCGGGCACGAUCAGCUCGAGAGACAUUAGCGAUUGGACCGUGGAGCACGAUUAUCCUGCACCCUUGCCCUACAUCCCUGGUGCACGAACGUUUACUAACCCGGCGGGUUCGCAGUGGGAAGCCGCCGCCGCCGCCGCCGCCGCCGACUCCGGCGAUGCCGCCGGCGUGGCGCUUCCGCAUGCGGAAAACCCCGCCGCGGCAGCGGCUGUCCGCUACGGCAGGUUUUCUGAGUUCCGCGAAUGCUAUUGCGGUCAGGGAGCGUAUCGGGGGAACGCCGAGGGAAGAAACGUCCGGGGGAUGAUGAGAGAUCCGCCUGUGCCUGCGCGGAGUGAGAGCGGAAGCAACUUAGGCGAUGCAGACUCUCCUACCUCCGCCGCAGAACAGGCGGCGCUAGCGCGCAUGGGAGGCAGCGGAAAGCAGAAACGGCUGGACGGAAAGGCUGCUAGGGUUGGCCGAGUGGAUAAGGAGGGGUCCCGGAAGUGGAGGAAGCAGAGGGCUGACGUGGCGUCCGAUGGUGGUGGUGCUGUCGGCGAGAAAGUUGAUCGGGUUCAGUUUGCUGGGGCUCUGGGUUACAUUGGGCAGCAAGGAGCAGGUAGCUUGGUAACCAGUCAUGGGUUACCGUUACCCCUCCUGACGGCUGAUCAAGAGAGGGAUGCUGUGUGUGGUGCUGAUGGGCGGUGUAACGAAGAGAAUGUGAGUGAUAGUGCAGAGGAAGAUGAUGAUUCCUGUGACGAUGCUAUGUCUGCAUACUCUGCGUGCAGUGGGGUGCAUAGGGAGCAGUGUAAGGAGCUUCUAACGGUUGAUGUGGCUUCAAAUGCUCUUGCUGGUUGUGGUGGUGGCGUGUGCUGUAGGGAUUCGCCUGAGGAGCUUAGCGAAGAAGCUAUUAGAGCGUUGCGCCCAGAUGCUCUGCUGGACUACAUGUCCUCCAGAUGCCUAGCCUUUGUUUAG